GCAACUCUGUAGCACUGCAUGCGCGCUGGCAGUGCAUGGCAGCUUGGCGCCAGCGAGCAUGUACUACUAGUAGGAUAGGACGGUAGUACUAAGCUUACUACCGGAUAGGACGGUAGUACUACUUGUACUGUGGCGGAUCCACUUGCUCGAGGAACCUUUGGUCUUGUAUUCUUGCUCUCUUCUGUAGUUGUAACUUGCAUUCAUGUCUGUUUCCUGCAAGCUAUAUCAAUACUGGUAGUAAAGAGCCCAAGCAUGCAUUCGUUUGCAUCUCAGAAGGGUGCUGAGCUGAUUUUGAAAUCUUUCAGCGCCACGAGCACAUUCUACUCUUUCUUACCCCGCUUCUUAAGGUUUCCACUGCACCAGCCAUCAACAAAUUCAGCACAGGCUCCCGGCAAUACAAGUUUGUGUUUUCAUACAGCUCCUGAUCAGAGUCUUCCUUCUCAUGUACCCGAACCAGAAACCCUGGGUUACAAGCUAGACAAGCAAACCCAAAGCCUAGCAGACGGCAUCCUCUCUGGUCAGCUAUCUGCCCUCAGCCGUGCCAUCACCCUCUGCGAGUCUAGAAGAUGGGACCAUCAAAUUCAGAGUGCAGGCCUUCUCCAGCAUCUUGCUGCUGCCAGCACAGACUCACAGUCCAAGUCCAAGAUGUUCAGGGUCGGCGUGACAGGGCCUCCCGGGGCUGGCAAGUCCAGUCUGCUAGAGAGGCUUGGGAAUCUGGCAAUCGAAGGUGGGGGGAGAGUCGCAGUGCUGGCGGUGGACCCAUCAUCUGAUCAGUCGGGGGGUUCUAUUCUGGGGGACAAGACACGGAUGGAGGAGCUGUCAAAGAACCCCAGUGCAUAUGUCAGGCCGACACCGAGCAGGGGGCAUAAGGGCGGAGUAGCGCGGAACACGGCUGACGCUGCCGCCCUCUGCGAAGCUGCCGGUUACAACUUCCUGAUGGUCGAGACUGUCGGCGGCGGCCAAGCCGACACCGCCGUCGCUGACAUCGUCGACCUGUUGAUGCUGGUCCUGCCUCCUGCCGGGGGGGAUCAAUUACAGGGCCUCAAAAAGGGGGUGGUUGAGGUGGCAGAUUUACUUGUGGUCAACAAAGCUGACGGAGAGAUGAAAGACGUUGCGGAGCAUUCAGUCGGAGAGUACCGAGCGGCAUUGAGCUAUCUGAGGCCCCGGUCGCGCCACUGGCUCCCGCAGGUUUUGUCUUGUAGCGCUCGGACUGGGGAGGGCGUUCGGACCGUUUGGGAGAAGGCGCUCGAGUUUCGGGAAAUGAUGGAAGGUGCGGGCGAGCUCGAGCUCCGGCGGAAAGGGCAGCGGAAGCGGCUCAUGUGGAGCACCGUGAAAGAGGCCUUCGAAGACAGGUUGAGAGCGGACCCCGACAUCCAGUCAAAGGUUCUCAAGCUCGAACGGGAGGUCUUGCUUGGGACCUUGAACCCGCGACUUGCUGCCAUCGACAUUGCUCGCUCCUUUUUUGACUCGAAGCAAGCUUGUUGACGUGAGAGCUUGACUCGGGUGUCAUUCCGGACUCUCUUCAUAUGAAUGCGGGACCCGCUCCACCUGUGAUCGGAGAGAUGUUGGCUGCGCUUCUUAACUGUACUCCAUGG